AUGUCUAUGAACCGGAUUGUCAUCGCCACCAUUUCGCAGCGGCCUACGUCAUCGAUAUCGCUCCGGGUUUGCUCCAUUAUACCUCAGCGCCGACAUAAUCCAGCAACUCAACGGUUCUCUCGUGUUGUUACUCUGAACAAGCUCCAUUCUACGUCCGUUCCUCAUCCACCUGCUCUUGUCAUGUUGUCGGCCUCGAAUUCUCUAGAGCUCCCAGCCUCAACCGCAUCCGCGAUAAAACAAACACUUGCUCAGCUAUACCAGCAAUCUUCCUUUCAAUUGAAUGUGCAACCGGCGCCUUUCCUAUCCGCAUCCGAUGAUCAGGUUCCCAGUGAGGUGCAGACGUAUCUACACAGCCUGACUCUCGCCGCAAACGCAGUCGCAAACGAAAACGCAUGUGGGAGCGUACUCGCAGGUCAGGGCAGCGAGAGUGACGAAUUUGGCGAUGUUGCAUGCUGGUUGGGUCAAGGAGAAUAUGGGCCAGGAAGAGAAACCGAUGUUCUUCAAGCAUUGGGGCUGCAGAAUUGGUCUCAAAACAACAGAAAGAUUCAGCAUGCCGACCUUCAAUCUACCUACCUACCGCCAUCCUUCAGGCCAUCGUCGACCCCAGAGCUGGAGAAACUGACAAGCUUACUUUCUAUAUUACAGGACAAAUAUUACUUCUUCAUGGAUGGUGGGGAAGGCAUGGGUGGAUGCGUCGCACAUCUCCUCCUAGGGAAUUACAGGGGAGAUGCGAAGAGUGGGUUCGGAGGUUGGAUUGGUAUCAUUGGACUGGGUACAUGGUCAGAUUAUUGA